CGGGUGGGAGGGGGCGAGGCCUGAGGGCUGCCUGGGUAGGGUCCGAGGUGAACCCCGGUCUCUCCCUUGUCGGGGUCCUGGCCAUGGUGGGGUCGGCGUGAGGAGCCGGUGAACGGCGGCGGCCUCCCCGGCCCAUGGUGCUGCCCCCCUGCCCCAUGGCGGAGUUCGUGGUGCCGCGGCACAGCGCGGUGAUGGAGCGGCUCCGCCGGCGCAUAGAGCUGUGCCGGCGGCACCACAGCGCCUGCGAGUCCCGCUACCAGGCCGUGUCCCCAGAGCGCCUGGAGCUGGAGCGCCAACAAACCUUCGCUUUGCACCAGCGCUGCCUGCAGGCCAAGGCCAAGCGGGCCGGGAAACACCGCCAGCCUCCCCCGGCGCCGCCGCCGCCUGCCCCUCCUCCUCCUCCUGCUGUGGUUGCGGGCAACGCCGACAGGACUGGAGCCAACGGCCUCGACACUGACGCCGCGAGCAGCGAGCAGCACGGCCGCAGCAGUACCCUGAUAGCGCAGCUCCAUGAGACGGUGAAAAGAAAACUUGAUAGCGCUGCUUCCCCUCAGAAUGGAGAUCAACAGAAUGGGUAUGGGGAUAUGUUUUCUGUGUCCAAGAAAUUACGUCGUGAGGAUGGUCUUGGUGGGGUAAGUGGCUCCUCCAAUGGUAUACCUCCUUUAUCCCCACUUCAUCAACUUGACAAGAAAUCUUCCGGUGGAGAUACCUUACAGCUCAAUGGAAAACAUUCAGUAGGACUGGACAGCAUCAGUAAAAAGUGUCUUCCAGAUUCUAACCUUCAGCUGAAUGGGCGUAGUGAUGCUGAUGACUCAUUUCCUUUGGGUUUGAACAAAGAGCUCAAGCAAGAGCCUGUGGAUGACCUUCCUUGUAUGAUUGCUGGAGCAGGUGGUUCUAUAUCUCAGAACAACUUGAUGCCUGAUCUUAAUCUUAAUGAGCAGGAAUGGAAGGAGCUCAUUGAUGAACUUAAUAGAUCAGUGCCCGAUGAAGACAUGAAGGAUCUAUUUAAUGAAGACUUUGAGGAGAAGAAGGAUGCAGAUUCUUCAAAUUCAGCUGCACAAACUCCAUUGCCACAAGACAUUAACAUAAAGACUGAAUUUUCCCCAGCAGCCUUUGAACAGGAACAGCAGAUGGGGUCUCCACAAGUCAGAUCCACUUCUUCAGGUCCAACAUUCAUUGGAGCCUCCUCUGUACCUGUUAGUGCUGCUUCUCCAGCAGUUGGGGGCUCUCAGACUAUGUUCCAGUCUUCCAGUCAGCCAGUGACUGAAAAUCCUAACCAGUCUAUGAUGCAGGCAUCAAACCAGUCUCAAAAUGUGCAGAGGCCUCUACCCAAUGUAUUAUUAUCUGGACAGGGCACAGGAAAUGCCAAAGAAAUGUCCUCUGCUCACCAACUUCAACAGAUGGCUGCUAAGCAGAAGAGAGACCAGAUGUUGCAGAACCAGCAGCAGGCUUCACAAGUCCAUCAAACCAGUCAGCUGUCCAGCUGGCAGCAGUCUGGACCUUCUCAUAGUCCACUGGGUGUCCCCUACACAAUGGACAAUCCCACCAGUCCUUCAGUUUACCAACAGGACUUCAGUAACCAGAAACUCGUAAUUCCUAGUAUGACAAAUAAGAGUUCUCCCAGGAAUGGAGGCAAUUACCAUGUGAAUAUGUUGAGUCAUCAGUCAAACAGCCUGAACCAGAACCCUGUAAAUAACCAAGGCUCCAUGCUAGAUUAUGGCAACACAAAACCCCUUUCCCAUUACAAAGCAGAGUGUGAGCAAGGAGUUACAGUACCUGGCCAGAACAAGCCACCUAUGUUGGCAUAUCUUCAGCAGCGCCAGCAACCGCCACUGCCUCAGAUGAGUGAAGAACAAAAUGGGAUGUUCCUGAUGAAGCAGAAGUCUGGAAAUAUUGCCUACAGACCUCUAGUACCACACAGCCAGGAUCAAAACCCUUCUCCCAGUGUUCCUCGUGUUCCUGUUUCUGUCCCAGGCCCUGGUGUCAGUGCUCAGCCUUCCAGUAUUUCCAUGGCAGGUAACCAUAACAACACAGCCUAUCUCAGCAAUCAGCAGCAAGCAGUGGUAAUGAAGCAACACCAGAUGUUACUGGACCAGCAGAAGCAGCAACAAAAGCAUUUGCUGAUGGAGCAACAGAAGCAGCAGUUCCUAAUAGGGCAGAGGCAGCAACAACUCCUAGCAGAACAGGAAAAGCGGCACCAACAAGAGCAGCAGCUCCAGCGGCACCUGACCCGACCACCCCCUCAAUACCAAGAUCAGGCACAGAACCCUUACCAGCAGCAGGUUGGACAGUUCACAGGGUCGUCUCCAGCCAUGACCGGGGUAAGUAACUUAGGACAGCCCAACUCCAGCAGUCCACGGAUGUUUUCUCAGACCCAGAACAUGAUUCAGAUUGGAUCUGGACACAGCUCUGUUCCUCCUCUCCAAUCAGGCUCCAGUCAGCAGGAUCGAGGUGUGACUCAGUAUACUAGUAUGCAAAACAUUCAGCGAGGGGGGCUGUACAGCAUGACAUCUGGUAUGACCCAAAUGAUUUCACAGCAUGCAAAUCAAAGUGCCAACGGACAACUACAGAUGCAAAGGCAGCCCAGCUUGGGUCAGGGCACUCCUGUUCCUGCAGGGUAUGGGCAGAGCACCCUGGGAAACCCAAGCAUUUCUCAGCAGCACAAUAAGGGGGCACUGAAUCCAACCAUAGCCAAGCCACAGAUGGCAAGAGUGCCAGCAGCUAUUGGCGCCCAAAAUCCAUCUUGGCAACACCAAGGUAUGCCUAAUAUGAAUAACCAGACACAAGGAAAUGGUGGCUUAGGGUCAUUUACUGCUAGCUCCACUUUCCACAUGCAGCAAACUCACCUAAAGAUGGCCAGCCAGCAGUUUGCUCCAGGGAUGCCUCAGGUCAGCCUAAGCACCAGCAGAUCAGUGGCCUCCAUGAACUCUGCCGUCUCUGGGCAGCUGUUGUCAUCUUUAGGUGCACAGCAGAGGACAAACCCACCUACCCAACAGCAGGUACCCUCGCAACAAGUUUUGCCUAGCAUGAGCCAGGCCGUUCCAGAUCUGACUGCUUUUGGCCAGAAUCCAAAUCAGCAACUGCCCAAUAGAGCCAAUCUGCACUGUACUCAAGGUUACUCUGUGAGGACAACCAGUCAGGAGCUGCCUUUUGCCUACAGUGGCCAAUCAGGCAAUAAUGGACUGCAGAGCUUGACUGGUGACACAGACCUGAUAGACUCUUUGCUGAAAAACAGGACUUCAGAGGAAUGGAUGAAUGACUUGGAUGAACUGUUAGGAAAUCAUUAAAAUGAGGCUUGAGGGUUUUCUACUUUUUUUUUUUUUUUUUUUUUUAAAUUUCGUGAAAUAUAAAUUACACUUGGACCAAAAACCUGUGGCAUUGAAGAGACUUGCAGGCAUUAGAAGUAAAUGGUUGGGAAAUGGACUGGAGCUGCUUCCCAACAGGCUUCGACACAUAAUGGUGCACCAAGCAGGUCUGCAAUGACCAUGCGUUUAUUUUUGUGGCAUCUGUGGAGCACAUUUGAACAGGUCAGGCAAAUUUGUGUGCAUCCAAGUCGGCCCUUCAGAAAUCUCACUUGCAUUGUUUUGAAACUUAGGUUUUUAAUUAUUUAAAAAUAAACAAAAACCCACAACAAUGGGGGUGCAGAAAGACAGCAAAUAAAACUGCAAGUAUUUUGUGUUUAGGGCUUAUUCUCCUGCAGGUAAUACUUGAGUUGAUUAUUGUUCCCAGCUUGGCAUGCUACUAGCUACAGUAUUGCCCUACCAAAUUUUUAACUUCAUUUUUGCCAGAGGAGAAGAUGUGCACCUCAGUACAUUUGCAAAACAUUCUUUAUGUUGAGUCAGUCCUUUUUCCCCACCAGUGAAGUGUGUGCCUGUACUCUCAACAGGCAAGUGAUAUUUCACAAUAAUAUUUACAGCAAAUUUUUCUGAAUGCUGGUGAUAGAUGAAAGUGUUAAAACCCGGCCAGCUGGCCUAGGUUAGUGACUUCCUUAUGAAUUGUGGAUAGGGUGACCAGAUGUCCUGAUUUUAUAGGGAUAGUCCUGAUUUUUGGGUUUCUUAUAUAGGCUUCUAUUAC